UGGCCGCAUUUGAGCCAGGGUUUUAGGGUUCCAGCUCUGUGGUGGAAUCCAUGGCUGCCUCUCUCGUUGGCUCUUCGUCUACCUCCACUACUCGAUCAUUCCUAGGGUUUACGCCUAGGAAGCAACAACAACGGAGAUUUUCGCUCCAGAUCGUCCGGGCCAUCAAGGCGCCAGAAGAAUGCAACGAGGAAGAAUGCGCUCCCACCAAGGAGGUUGGGAGCUUGAGCAUGGACUGGAAAGCCGAAGAGAACACCAAAGUGGUAGGAACUUUCCCCCCAAUCGGGAAGCAAAACAGGGUCACAGGCUAUGUCGAGAAGGAUUCUGCCGGUCAGACCAACGUCUACGCAGUCGAGCCCCCGGUUUAUGUCGCGGAAUCGGCCAUUAGCACUGGAUCGGCUGGAGCAUCGUCUCAAGGCAGCGAGAACACAGUCGCGAUCAUCGCAGGGCUGGGAAUCGUCACAGUGGCCGCCACUGCUGUGAUUCUAUCCCAAGAAUCGGCUCCACCGCAAGCAGGGUACUCGGGGCCUCCUCUCAGCUAUUACAUCCAGAAAUUCCAACCAUCGCCCGCUCUCACCCCAGUCCAGAUCGAGGAACCACCAUUGAUUAGCGGAGAAGAAGAAGCUCCUCCUCUUUCUCAGUAGUAAAGCCCUACAUUUCCCUCUAAAAACGAAAGAUUUUUUUUAAAAUCACGCUUGACGUGUCACGUAACGCCACGUGUCACACGCA